UGAGGAAGGUGAUAUAUAUAAAGUCACUCUUGACUACGAGGAUGAUAAGGUGAAGGCAAUUAAAAUUAAGUAUUUUGACACCGUGCCCAUCGCUGCAUCAUUAUGCAUACUCAGAGCUGGUUUUCUGUUUGUAGCUGCGGAAUUCGGAAAUCAUCGAUUAUAUUCAUUCACAAGUCUUGGUGAUGAUAAUGACGAACCAGAAUGGUCCAGUGAAAGUUUUAUGGAUACUGAUUUAAAUCAUCAUGCAUCGGCAUAUUUUACCCCGAGAGAGUUACAAAAUUUGGAACGUGCCGAUGAAAUAGAAAGCCUGAAUCCAUUAAUUGAUGCCAAAGUUUUAAAUCUUACAGAUGAUGAUACACCACAAUUGUAUGCUUUAUGUGGAAGAGGUGCCGGCUCAACUUUCCGGAUAUUAAGGCAUGGUCUGGAAGUUUCUGAGAUGGCGGUUUCUGAAUUGCCUGGUAACCCUAAUGCCGUUUGGACUACUAAGCUUAAAUCCGAUGACGAAUUUGAUGCGUAUAUUAUUGUAUCAUUUGUGAAUGCAACCUUGGUACUAUCCAUCGGGGAAACUGUUGAAGAAGUAACUGAUACCGGAUUUCUUGCAACAACGCCCACGUUAGAUGUUCAUCAACUGGGUGAUGAUGCAUUGCUCCAGAUAUAUCCUCAAGGGUUGAGGCAUAUCCGUGCUGACCGCCGCGUAAAUGAAUGGAAAACACCCGGCAACAGAGCUAUAGUGAAAGCUACAACUAACAAGCGUCAAGUUGUUAUAGCAUUGACGGGCGGUGAACUCGUGUAUUUUGAGUUGGAUAAUCAAGGUCAGCUGAACGAAUAUCAAGAACGCAAGGAAAUGUCAGCAAAUGUACACUGUUUAAGUAUUGGGGAAGUUCCAGAAGGGAGACAGAGGUCAAGGUUUUUGGCUGUGGGUUGUGAUGACAACGCCGUCAGGAUUCUUUCUCUUGAUCCUGAUAAUACUUUAGAGGUUCUCAGCACACAGGGUCUAAGCGCGCCUCCACAAUCUCUAUCCAUCAUUGAGAUGAUGGAUAUUGGUACUGACGCUUCACAUGGAACACUCUAUCUUAAUAUAGGAUUACAAAAUGGUGUAUUAUUGCGAACAGUAUUGGAUACGAUAACUGGUGCAUUGACCGAUACUAGACAAAGGUUUCUUGGUGCUCGACCGGUUAAGCUUUUUCAGGUCAAAAUUCAGGGAUCUCCUGCGGUUUUAGCGUUGUCAAGUCGGCCUUGGUUAAGUUAUACUUUUCAAUCCAGAUUACAUCUUACACCACUUUCAUAUGAUAUGCUGGAAUAUGGAUCCAACUUUACAUCACCGCAAGUUCCAGAAGGUAUUGUGGCAAUUUCUGCCAACACUUUGAGAAUAUUUGCCGUGGAAAAACUAGGGACAGUAUUUAAUCAAGCAACAAUACAACUUAAAUAUACACCACGUCACUUUAUCCUUCAUCCAAUUUCGAGAAAUUUUGUUGUAAUCGAAAGUGAACAUAAUACAUUUUCUCCAGCGGAAAAGGAAAAGACAUUGGAAGCUAAGACCAAAAAUGGAUUUCAAUUUGAUCCUAAAUUAUUGGAAUUAGCUCCGGAGACGUUUGGUUUACCCAAAGCAGAGCAUGGAAAAUGGGCGUCAUGCAUUCGUGUUAUAAACCCUUUCCAAGGCGAAACAAUGUCAUUAGUGGAACUUGAAGAUAAUGAGGCCGCAUUUAGUAUUGCUACAGUAAACUUUCACGGGAAUAACAAUGAAUUAUUCCUUGUCGUCGGCACUGCAAAGGAUGCAAAUUUGGCACCACGAACGUGUUCUGCAGGGUAUUUGUAUGUAUACCAAUUCGUAGAUGGAGGAAACUCUUUAAAACUUGUACAUAAGACACAAUGUGAUGAUAUCCCUUUAGCACUAUUGGGAUUCCAAGGGAGACUUAUUGCUGGUGUUGGCAAAGCACUGAGAAUAUACGAUAUGGGUAAAAGGAAAUUGUUAAGAAAAUGCGAGUCAAAGGCGAUUCCAAAUUGCAUUGUUAAUUUACAUACGCAAGGAAAUCGCAUUAUUGUCUGCGAUAUGCAAGAAUCUGUCCAUUAUGCAUCAUACAGACCACACGAUAAUCGUAUCAUUAUUUUCGCUGAUGAUACUACUCCGAGAUGGAUAACAACCACCACAAUGAUAGAUUAUGAUACACUUGCUGGUGGAGAUAAAUUUGGAAAUUUUUUUAUUGAUCGGUUACCAGCAGAAACAAGUGAAGAAGUAGAUGAAGAUCCUACUGGUAAUAAAAUAAUGUAUGAAAAAGGAUACUUGAUGGGUGCUCCACAUAAGGUAUCUAUGAUUGUACAUUAUCAUGUAGGAGACAUUAUUACAUCCCUCCACCGAACAACACUUGUUGCUGGUGGACGUGAAAUCCUAACUUAUACUGGUAUAAUGGGUAGUAUUGGGGUGUUUGUCCCAUCUUUGACAAGGGAAGAUAUAGAAUUUUUCCAAACACUUGAAAUGCAUUUGAGAAACGAAGCAGCGCCUUUGGCGGGACGUGAUCAUCUUCAAUAUCGUAGUUUUUACGCACCUGUGAAAAGUAUGGUUGAUGGUGAUUUGUGUGAACAAUACAAUUUAUUACCGAUGGAUAAAAAGAGAAUGAUCGCCGAAGAAUUAGACCGCACGCCUGCGGAAAUACAAAAGAAAAUUGAGGACAUGAGAGUAAUGGCAGCGUUUUAA